AUGCUAGCUCGAUACUUUAUGCUCUCAGUACUGGCAGAGCGCGUACUGAGCUUCGUACUUCCACACCAAGAGAUCCUCACCUCUUCCUCUGCAGAAAAAGACCCCAAUGCCAUUCUAUCAGCCCUCCGUCACGCACAAAUCAUCCCAGACGUGCUCAACACCUUUUCUCCUCUACUCUCCAUAACCGCAAACUGGUCUUCGACCGCAAAAACCCAACUCGGCAAUACUCUACCUCCCUCUGCUCUCACUCACCCACCUGACCUUUAUGCCGAUAAAGUGGCCUCUGCCUAUCUGCCCUCAGACAUCACUUUCGUACUCGCCCUCACUGAUCCUGAUGCCCCUUCCCGCGACAAUCCAAAGUGGAGUCAGGUGUGUCAUUGGCUGGGCAGCUUAAAGGGAGACAGUAUAAAAGAGUUGGUGGACUACAAACCUCCUGCACCCCCAGAGGGCACGGGAAAGCAUAGGUAUGUUAUCGUUGUCAUGGUGCCUGCGAACGGCACGACUGAAGAAUUGGAUCUGGAGGUUCCGGGGGAAAGAAGGCAUUGGGGUUAUCAAGGGGAGAGGAGUGGAGUCAGGGAGUUUGGGGUGAGGAAUGGGCUGAAGGUUAUUGCUGCAAACUUCAUCUACGCGCAAAACGAUAAGCAGUAG